AUGUUUGAAGAACGCACCUUAGCUAAACAACAAAGCACCUCAACAAAGGAAGAAGAGCGUCGCAAUGGUUCUAAAGAUGGGGAGCAUCGCAAUGGCUCUCCCGGACCAUUCUCGAACGUGAAUGGUAUGGAUAUGGAAGAAACAAGCUCUAAUGAGAGAAAAACGCCCGUCGAAAUCGCAAAAGUUCCGUCAUUUGCUUCACUUCACAAUUUUGAAAACAGUAAUAGCACAUGGAACGUGAUGCAGCCCUAUGUCAUAGGCACUCAUAAGGUGAGUAUUUUUCUGCUUCUAUGAUG